AUGGCCUUGUCGUCCGAGCCCGUCGCCAGCGUGUUGCUGUCGGGCGUCCAGGCGAGGCAGCUCACGCCCGCCAUGUGGCCCCGUCGGAUCCUCUUUGCUCUGGGAAUCCUCCGCGACGGUCGAGCUCCUCCUGCUCCGGCUCCUGCUCCUGCUCCUGCUCCGGCUCCUGCUCCUGCUCCUGCUCCUAUGCGUGCUCCUGUGCGUGCUCCUGUGCGUGCUCCUGUGCGUGCUCCUGUGCGUGCUCCUGUGCGUGCUCCUGUGCGUGCUCCUGCUCCGGCUCCGGCUCCGGCUCAUGCUUCCGUCAUUUCUCCUGCUGCCGCUCCUGCUGCUGCGUCGGCUCGGACUCCCCCUUCUGCUCCGGCUCCGGCUCCGGCUCCGACUCCUUGA